CAGGACAAACGCUGGCUGUGUUGGGAGAGUGGGUGAGAGAGUAUCAUGAUUUCACUUUCACUUCUGACUCUCAGGCGCUGACUCACACAUUGAGCUGGGACAGACAGACGGAAGAACCGACAUAAAAAAUAUACAGACAGACCGACGGACGCACAGCUUGGGAGGCAAACAGAUACGUCUGAAGACACUGAUAUGGAAUUCAAAUACCCAGCAGCCAGAAGGGAUGAGAGUAAGGUUGAUGUCUACCAUGGGGUCAAGGUACCUGAUCCGUAUGCCUGGCUGGAGGACACUGACAGUGAAGAGACCAAGGCCUUUGUGGAGGAGCAAAACAAGCUGACUAUGCCUUACCUGGAGCAGUGCACCAUCAGAUCUCAGUUUAAGCAGAGACUCACCGAGCUCUACAACUAUCCCAAAUACAGCUGCCCCUACAAGAGAGGAGACAGCUACUUCUACUUCCACAACCAAGGCCUGCAGAACCAGGAUGUGCUAUACGUCCAAGACUCCCUCCACGGCCCCGCCUCUGUGUUCUUUGACCCCAACACCUUGUCAGAGGACGGAACCGUGGCUCUCAAGAUGGGCCGUCUGUCGGAGGAGUGUGAGUACUUUGCCUACGGCCUGAGCACCAGCGGCUCAGACUGGGUGAUGGUGCGUUUCCUGCGGGUCAGCGACCUUGUCACGCUGCCGGAUGUCCUUGAGCGGGUCAAGUUCAGCUGCCUGGCCUGGACGCAUGACGCACGGGGUGUCUUCUACAACUGCUACCCCCGCCCGGACGGCAAGGCUGAUGGGACAGAGACCACAUCCAACAUCAACCAGAAGCUCUACUACCAUGUGAUUGGCACCAACCAAUCAGAGGACAUCCUGGUGGCAGAGUUCCUUGACCACCCCAAGUGGCACAGCUCUGUGACGGUGUCAGAUGAUGGUAGGUAUGUGGUUCUGUCCAUCACAGAGGGCUGUGAGCCAGUCAACCAGCUGUGGUACUGCGACCUGCAGAAGCUGACCAAUGGAAUCACAGGCCUGCUGCCCUGGGUGAAGCUGGUGUCAACCUUUGAGGCGCAGUACUCCUACAUCACCAACGAGGGCAGUGUGUUCACGUUCAGGACCAACCUGGACUCCCCUCGGUACCGUGUCAUCAACGUGGACGUGGAGAAACCAGACAGGAGCCUGUGGGCCACGCUCCUGCCCCAGCACGACAAGGAUGUCCUGGGCUUUGUGGCGUGUGUGAACCAGCGCCACCUGCUGGUGAACUAUGUGCAUGACGUGAAGGACAUCCUGCAGCUGUACGAGCUGUCGGGCGGCCGGUGGGUUCGAGAUCUGCCUCUCGACGUGGGCACUGUGGCCGGUCUCAGCUGCAAGAAGAAACACUCUGACUUCUUCUACAAGUUCACCUCCUUCACUACCCCAGGUAUCAUCUACCACUGUGACCUGAGCCAGGAGAACCCAGAGCCCUCUGUCUUCAGACAGGUGGAGGUGAAGGGAGUCCGACAGGAGGACUAUGAGACCAACCAGGUAUUUUAUCCCAGCAAGGAUGGAACCAAGAUCCCCAUGUUCCUAGUUCACGCCAGGGGCUUGAAGAAAGACGGGACACAUCCUGUCUUCCUGUAUGGAUACGGAGGCUUUGAGAACUCUGUCCAACCACACUACAAUGUUGCCUACCUGCUGUAUGUGAGACACCUGGGAGGAAUCCUGGCUGUGGCCAACAUCAGAGGAGGAGGGGAAUACGGCCUGGACUGGCACAAAGCUGGUACUCUCGGGAACAAGCAGACAUGCUUUGAUGACUUCCAGUGUGCUGCCGAGUAUCUGAUCCAGGAGAAGUACAGCACCUCCAGCCUCAUCGCCAUCAACGGGGCCUCUAACGGAGGCCUACUCGUUGCUGCGUGUGUGAACCAGCGUCCAGACCUGUUUGCAUGUGCGGUUGCUGAGGUGGGAGUGAUGGACAUGCUCAAGUUCCACAAGUUCACCAUCGGACACGCCUGGACCACUGACUACGGCUGUGCAGACAAACCGGAGCAGUUCCAAUGGCUCUUCAAAUACUCCCCCCUCCACAACUUGCCCCCGUCUUCCUACUCCGGCCCCCCCUAUCCGGCCAUCCUGCUGCUGACAGCCGACCAUGAUGACCGUGUGGUGCCCCUGCACACCCUCAAGUACUGCGCAGCCCUGCAGCACAGCGUGGGUGGCAGCCCCGGGCAGCGGCAGCCCCUCCUGGUCCGGGUGGACACACGCAGCGGGCACGGGGCGGGCAAGCCCACCGCCAAGGCCAUCCUGGAGGACACGGACAUCUACUGCUUCAUCGCCCAGACCCUGGGGCUGAAAUGGAGGGAGUGAGGGAGAGAGGGGAGGUGGGAGAGAUAAGGGGAGGAAACUAGCUUGAGGUAGAAAGGUAGAUUAGAGAGAAACGCUGGAAGAGAGGGCUGGAGGGAGAGAAGAGGAAGAUGGAGUUUGCAAUGGGUGAACAGGGAAGAACAACACAAAUACUCGGAAAGGUUCUUAACAGUUACUGAAUCAAAGUCCAAUCACAGUUAAAAAGUUUACUAUACAAAUACUUACAAAUCGGCUACUCUUUUCAUUGAUGCAUUCAUUGACAAAAAUCUAUUGACAAAAAUUCAUUUUUGAUAAUAAAAUGUUUUUUUUUA